CAAGAACUUACAUCCGUUCUGUUCAAAGAGGUGUUCAACUUUCUCACAUUAUGAAUUUCACAACCACCUCAUCACUUGAGUAUCUUGCACCCAAGCUUGCUUCUGCUUCUCCCUCAUAUUUGGAAGUUUUGCGUGGGUUAAACGCAUCAACUGACCCUGUUGUACUUGCUUUAGGAUCUUUUGAGAAGGUAUGGGCUUCUUGGUAUAUUUACAUGCAAAAUGAUAUUCUUGCUACUGGUCUUCUUUUCUUCCUUACCCACGAAUUGGUAUACUUUGGUAGAUGUCUUCCAUGGAUGAUUAUAGACAAUAUUCCUUAUUUCAACAAAUGGAAGAUUCAAGCUAACAAAAUUCCAUCUAAUAAGGAACAAUGGGAAUGUUUAAAGGCUGUUUUAAAAUCUCAUAUUCUCGUGGAAGCACUUCCAAUUUGGCUUUUCCAUCCAUUAUGUGCCAAUUUGAAUAUUGCAUGGGAUGUUCCAUUCCCAAGUUAUGGAGUUCAAAUCAUGCAAAUUUGUAUCUUCUUCGUAUGUGAAGAUUUUUGGCAUUAUUGGGCUCAUCGUUUGUUCCACGUUGGUUGGUUCUACAGAAACAUCCACAAACAACAUCAUAGAUAUGCCGCUCCUUUUGGAUUAACUGCUGAAUAUGCCCAUCCAGUCGAAGUAAUGUCCUUAGGAUUUGGUACAGUUGGAUUCCCAAUUAUUUACGCUUACUUGUCAAAGACUAGACCAGAUUGGAACAUUCCUGAAUUGCAUUUAUUCACUCUUACAUUCUGGAUUACUCUUCGUUUAUUCCAAGCAGUUGAUUCUCAUUCAGGUUAUGAUUUCCCAUGGUCUCUUCAUCAUUUCCUUCCAAUCUGGGCCGGCGCAGAGCAUCAUGAUGAUCAUCAUCAUUACUUUAUUGGUAAUUACGCAAGUUCUUUUAGAUGGUUUGAUUACUUUUUAAAUACUGAAAGUGGCCAAAUUGCCAAGUCCAAGAGAGAAAAAAAGAUGAAGGAACAUGCUGAAAAGGUUCAAUAGGAGAAAUAAUAGAGUGUUGCAAAGUAAUAGUAGAUAUUUAACAGUACAUAUACUGAAGUUUAGGCACAUCAAAUAUAUAUGACA